CAAAAGGCAUUUCCAGUGGAAAUUGGCCGACAUACCCUCAGCAUAACCAUGUAGAAUAUCCACAAAACGUAAAAAGAGGUUAUACACACAUAACACGGUAAUAUUAUGUUGUAUCACCCCGCGAGGCUCCUGCCUACCGUAGCCGUAAUGCUGCUACAAUCCAUCAAGCGGUGCGGGUUCGUAGCUUAGCAAAGUCGUACUAAAACAUUUGACAGAUUUUCGAACGCCGUGUACCACAUAAAAUCGUUUCGAGGUCAGUAAACACAACCAGAAUUCAUACAUAAGGCGCACGGGAUUAUAAGGGGCACUGUCGAUUUUAAGAAAAAUCAAAGGAUUGAAUUUAAGUGUGCCGUAUUUUCCAAAAAACACGGUAAUAACGACGGCCCGCUAGCAUGCUCUACCAAAAAUAGUGCUUUGUUGUGUAUCUGUAUGUGUUGGUUUUACAAACCAAUUCUGGUUCAUCCGUUUCAUUCAACGUUCCGCUUUCGCCCUUCUCAUUCUCCGUCACCGCCAUACUUUUUCCGCCAUGUGCGUAUGAAAACAAAGGCACUGCGCAUGCGCGUUUUACCCAUAUUCUAUCGCGAUAUUUCAUUUUCUUAUCGUUGCCCAACAUUAUACCGGUAUUACCGUGAAAGGUAUGAUAUGGCCCAGCCCUAGAACUGAAUAGUUUACACAGUUUCUAAUUGCACAGAAAUGGUCAGUUCACUUUGGACGUGCUAUUUUCAAACAGGAAGCUCAGAAAAAGCCCAGCAGCUUAACAGGUAGCCCCUUAAAACUGAUGGGAGUGCUGGGUUUUAGGUCAAACUACUGGAACUCUUGAACCAUUGGUGUAACGAAAAAUUCCAAUGGUUCCUGAACACAUCAACUCUGUACUUUUUCAGUGAUAUUAGGGUCAUUGCAGUGAUCCCAGGCAGGGCGCCACAUCCAAAUCCUGGCAAUGAACAAAGAAAACAACCCAACAAUCAAAACCAAGGAAAAAAGAACCCUCAUGCAGGGUGAAAUGUCUGUAGAGCUGCAUCACACUCACUCUUUGUUCUCUCAAACAAAUAAUGACCCUAACAUCACUGAAAAGCGCUGCUUUCAGUAACUGUUGGAAUUCUGUCAAAUGAGCCAACGGUUCGGGAGUUACGGGACCGCUGUGAAACACGUGACGCCAGCGACAGGUCAGGUUUCAGAGGGUUAGAGUGGGAGCGUAGAAUCCAGCUGCCACUCAGCGCUUCCUUCUUGUUUGGCCAGCUGCACUGAAACAGGAACAUCCAGCUGUUAGCCAUUAUGUUCAGCAUGAGUUUGUCCAGUGGCCAUUCUCCUCCCCCAUCUCCUCUCCCGGUCCCUCUCCCCUUCUCCUCCUCUCCCUCCCUGACGUGUUGUCCUGAACUCAACCUAUCGGUCACACUCGGCCUCCCCCCUAAGACCAGCCAAUCACUAGCCAAGCCCCGCAAACUGAAACAGGGUCAGCAGAGUGAACAAGCACAGCUGAAGCACAACGCUAAAGGACAGACAGACAGAAAGAGGAACAGACAGGUGUGUUCUAAAGAGGCAGUCAUCACAGUAACACCAGAGCCUGACAUCGACUCGAGCAGUGACGCCCCAUUUCAGGACUGGCUGAGAGGCCUCAGACAUGUGGUGGAACCUCCUGCUCCAACAUCCACUCAUGACCUGAGCUGUCUGCAGAGGGCGGAGCUAAAUACCACCCUGGCUCUGAAGACUAGGCUUCAGUCACUGCAGGACGCUCAGUUUGACUCCCAGAGGGCGAUUCAGCAAACACUACAGAAGUCAGAGAGCACAAAGAAUCGGAUUAAUGCCAGAGCUACUGAAGAGGUGAACGUCUCUCGCUCUCAGGUUCUCUUCACUUCGUUGGUCAGCGUGGAUGUGCAGGAGGAUCAGCUGAUAACCCAGCUGCUCCAAGAUAAACUGCUGCUAGCUCCACCUUCCCAGUGCCGCGGAAGGAGGAACACUAAAGGACCCUCCUCCCUGUUUUUCAUAACCUCUGACCUGCUCAGGCAAAAGCCCCUUUCACCAGAGGAGGUGCCAUUCAGCCGUAAGCUCUCCACAUCAGCUUGCCCCGCCCACGCGACUUUUGACCUGUACAGACGGCAGCAGUCCUGGGAGACGACACCCUGACUGCCGACUGGGAUAAUGAUGGACGUAGCCACUGUGACACCGGCCGUUGGAGCUGAAACUCAAGUCAAAGUCAAAUUUUAGCAUCAUUUAAAUAAAAACUUUUGUUAUUUGUUUGUUUAUGUUUUCUUUGGGGGCUCAGCUGGUUUUCAGCUGUUGUAUAAAUGAAGUCCGUCUGCUCCACCAUAAUGUUUUUUACAUGUUACAGUCAAAAUGUCUACCAACCUUUUUCUACAAUCACACGCACACACACAUAUAUGUAUGGAUGGAAAGUUUUUCCUGAUUUGGUUUGAAUAAAUCUGCUUGUAUAUUUA